AUGGUAAGAAACGCUAAUAAUCGUAAUAAAAGAAACGAAUUAAAUGAGGAACAAAAAUUAGAAAUUAAAGAAGCUUUUGAUUUAUUUGACACUAAUGGAACAGGGAGAAUAGAUGCAAAAGAAUUAAAAGUGGCAAUGAGAGCUUUAGGAUUUGAACCUAAAAAAGAAGAUAUACGUAAAAUAAUAUCUGAUGUUGAUAAAGAUGGAUCAGGCACUAUUGAUUUUAAUGACUUUUUAGACAUUAUGACUAUAAAAAUGAGUGAAAGGGAUCCAAAAGAAGAAAUAUUAAAAGCAUUUCGUUUGUUUGAUGAUGAUGAAACAGGAAAAAUAUCUUUCAAAAAUCUGAAGCGGGUUGCAAAAGAACUUGGAGAAAAUAUAACUGAUGAAGAAAUUCAAGAAAUGAUAGAUGAAGCUGAUAGAGAUGGUGAUGGAGAAAUCAAUGAAGAGGAAUUUAUGAGAAUUAUGAAAAAAACUAAUUUAUUUUAA